AUGCGCAGUGUAGUCAUUGUUGUUACGCCUAAAAGUCUUAUGUUUUAUUUGUGUGUUUUAUGAAUAGAGGAGCUCAGUCGUCCUGGUUUUCAACCCCAGCCCUGGAGCUGUAGCAGUAAAACAUGUCGGCGCAGGGGGAUUGUGAGUUCUUGGUGAAACGCGCGCGCGAGCUCGUGCCCGAUGACCCGUGGGCUGCUAAAGCCUGGCUGAUCACCGCGCGCACACUUUAUCCCGCCGACUUUAACAUACAGUAUGAGAUGUACAUAAUUGAGCGCAAUGCAGAGCGGACAUCUUCGGCUGGCAGACUGCUCUAUGAUAUAUUUAUUAAAUUCCCGGAGCAGCCGGUGGUGUGGCGCGAGAUCAGUUUGAUCACAGCGGCACUGAGGAACGACAGCCAGGACAAGCAUGCACAGUUCCUCAAAGGAGUGUUUGAGACUCUACCAGGCCCUGUGCAGUGUCAGAUGCUUCUCAAGGCUACAGAACAGUGUUUUAACACUCUGGAGAAAGCGGAGAUGCACCUGCUGCUGCUGAAGAGAUUUCCAGAGUCUGUGGUACAGCACGGGGUGAAUUUAGGAGAGUCCCUGCUGGAGGCGGAGAACAUGCAGGACCUGGACACACCAGUCAACUGCUACAGGAAACUGUUUGUAUGUGACGUCCUGCCGUUGAUCAUUAACAACAUGGAGAUGCGGCUUCCUGCCGGUCUGUUGCACAAGUACAUGCACAAAGCGGCAGAGUUCUACAUCGGCUACGUGACACGAGGCCCCUGCGCGGACGCCCAGUUAGCGGGUACCCAAGAAGGAGGAGGCCUUAAGUCUCCUGGAAAGGGGCGGGGCCAACGGGGUAUGAUUGACGGAUUGUCAGAGAAGUCGUCGUUAGUGAUGGAGCCUUGGGAGCGCCUGCUGGAGAUUGUUGGGUCAGUGGGGUUGAGGUGCGAGUGGCAGGGAGAGAAGGGCACCAGGACGUACUCAGAACUACUGCAGCGGGUUAAGGAAUUGUGCCGCUAUUUGCCCGGUCUGGAGGGCGAGACUUUCUCUCGCUGCUGCGCCCAAAUCGUCACCUGCUCCACACUAGUGCUGUUCCGCAGUGCGCACUUCUACAUCUCCACAGUGCAGCCCUCUCUCUUUCAGGGUCAUAACUCUCUGGGCUCGACUCCAUGGGUUCUGGUGGAGGAUCUUUCGACUGUGUUUAACGACAUCGAGCCUGAGAGACCGAGCGGAAAACACGCGCACAAGAAACGCAAACUUGCAGAUGGACGUGAGAAAACAAUGAGCUCUGAUGACGAGGACGCUCUGGGUAAGGGACGAGGAAGACACGUUCUGGUGAAUAAGACUGAAAUGCCGGCAUGGGCCGAGACGUUAGAGCAUUUCAUAACGGCCAGAGAGAGCUGGGACCUCUUACACUCGCACGAGACUCUGGAAUUAGAGUUCAACAAGAUCUGUGCCGCAUGGAAGACUGAAACCUGGCUUUGGUUCCGGAUCUUUCUUACCGAUAUGAUUAUAUAUCAGGGUCAGUACAGGAAAGCUCUGUCCAGUCUGUUACAGCUGUCAUCUCUUCAGCCCCAGCAGAUCCAGAACACACACACGUCAGCCUCCAGCCUAGAGACACACAGAGCUUUAAUCCAGCAAGCAUCUUGCCACUACGCUCUCGGGGAGCACCGGCUGGCAUGUGAGAAACUUUUAGAGGUUGUAAGUGGUUUGGUGCCUCAGAAUCAGGAGGCAACAAAGUCCGGCGAGGAGCAGAACCGAGGAAGGAACAAAGUUAAGAAAAGCAACGACCUGAGGCUUAUUCCCUGCACUAGCAAAGACAUCCUGCCCUUCUGUCUGCAGCUGAUGCUGGCCUGCUUCAAAUUGCGGGCGUUCACAGAGGGCAGCAGAGAUGACCUGUCUCUGGGUCACGUGAUCGUCCUGUUGCAGCACGAUUGGCCGCAGGGAGAGACACUUUUCCUGAAGGCGGUGGACAAGAUUUGUGACCAGGGGAGUUUUCAGUACGAGAACUUCUUCAACUACGUCACGAACAUUGACAUGUUGGAAGAGUUUGCAUACCUCCGUACAUCAGAAGGUGGGCGGGUCCAACUGGAGUUAUUGCCCAAUCAGGGGAUGCUAAUUAAGAACCCCAGCCCCGCCCUGGGGGUGGAGUUAAAUACCCUGCUGCUUCCUGGGGCUCAGAAGGCUGACAGGUACCCCUCCCUCAUCAUUAAACCUCGCCCAUGCCUAAACUCCACCCCCAGCCUGCUCAUACGCCGCAAAACUUCGCUGUAUUUCUCCCUUUUCUUUUACUUUGUUGUUAAAUCCACAGGGUUUUCAUUUCAUAAGUGUUUUGGUUUCUAUCCAUGGCAUAUGUUACAGUGUUGUCUCAUUUUGUUGUUAUCGUGAUCGUUGUUGCUGCUGUUGUACAUUUGGAUGAAAUCAAAUGUGCUCUUUCAGUAUCAUUAUUAGUGUGUUACUAUGCAAAGAUUCCCAACAUCUGUAUAUUUUGUUGUUGUUUUUGUUGAGCCUGUCACAAGAUAUCUGUUCUAUAUGCAUGUUUUAAUAACUGAAGAUCUCACGGAGGGGUGUGUGUGUGUGUGU